CUUCAUUUAAAAAUAUAAGUCAUAUCAUGCUUAUGAAAAAGAAACCAUACACACACGCACACACACAAAAAAAAAAAAGAAUGGCCUGGGGGGUCUAAAAAAACUCAGCUAAAAAAAACAUUUAAAUAUUUUUUCUUUGUUAUCUUUUUCCGUGUUUCCCCUCUUUUUCUCUUUUUAACCCCCCAAAAAAAAAAAUGUUUAGACUUGCCACUACCAAAUCUCCUUUGGCUAACAUUGCCGCUCGUCAUGCUACCGUAAAGACUGUUCGUGCUCCAGUAGCCAACGCCUUUUAUCGUUUCUAUUCUACAGGUACAGAAUACGAUGUUGUUGUUAUUGGUGGUGGACCUGGUGGUUAUCCUGCCGCUAUCAAGGCUGCUCAACAAGGACUCAAGGUAGCUUGUAUUGAGAAGCGUGGUUCUUUGGGUGGUACUUGUUUAAAUGUCGGUUGUAUUCCUUCCAAGGCCAUGUUGAAUAACUCUCACAUCUAUCACCAAACUCAACAUGACCUUAAAUCUCGUGGUAUCGAAGUGGGUGAUGUAAAGUUGAAUUUGGAUAACAUGCACAAGGCUCGUCUUAGAGCAGUUGGUGGAUUAACCAAGGGUGUUGAAUUUUUAUUCAAGAAAUACGGUGUCGAUUACGUUAAAGGUACAGGUUCUUUCAAGACCGCCAACGAGAUUAAUGUGCUUAGUUUGGAUGGUAAGUCCACUUCUUCAUUAAAGGCAAAGAAUAUUGUGAUUGCUACUGGAUCUGAAGUCACACCUAUUCCCGGUAUUGAGAUUGAUGAGAAGCGUAUCGUUUCUUCUACCGGUGCUCUUGAACUUGCUCAAGUGCCCAAGAAAAUGGUUGUAAUUGGUGCUGGUGUCAUUGGUCUUGAAUUGGGCUCUGUUUGGGCUCGUCUCGGUGCUGAAGUCACUGUUGUCGAAUAUCUCGGUGCCAUUGGUGCUGGUAUGGACCCUGAACUUGCCAAGGGUUUCCACAAGUUAUUGACCAAGCAAGGCAUGAAGUUCAAGAUGAGCACCAAGGUAAACGGUGCCAAGAUUGACGGUGAUGUUGUCAAGGUAGAAGUAGAAGCUUCCAAGGGAGGAAAGGCAGAAACACUUGAAGCUGAUGCUGUUUUGGUUUCUAUCGGUCGUCGUCCUUAUACUGUUGGUCUCGGUUUAGAGAACAUUGGUGUAGAGCUUGAUAACCGUGGUCGUGUUGUGAUUGAUGCUGAAUUCAGAACCAACAUUCCUCAUAUUCGUUGUAUUGGUGAUGUUACUUUUGGUCCCAUGUUGGCCCAUAAGGCUGAAGAUGAAGGAUUUGCUGUCUCUGAAAUGAUUGCUACUGGUCAUGGUCAUGUCAACUAUGAUGCUAUCCCCUCUGUUAUUUAUACCCAUCCUGAAGUUGCUUGGGUUGGUAAGAACGAAAGUCAAUUAAAGGAAGAAGGUGUCAAGUACAAGACUGGUAGUUAUCCCUUUGUUGCCAACUCUCGUGCACGUACCAAUGAUGACACUGAUGGUAUGGUUAAGGUGAUUACAGAUGCUGAUACUGAUCGUAUCUUGGGUGUUCAUAUUAUGGGUCCUAACGCUGGUGAAAUGAUUGCUGAAGGUGUUCUUGCUAUGGAGUAUAACGCUUCUGCUGAAGAUAUUGGUCGUACUUGUCAUGCUCAUCCUACCUUAUCUGAAGCCUUCCGUGAAGCCUGUCUUAUCGCUUCUUUCGGUAACGCCAUUAACUUUUAAUUCUUUUUUUCCCCUCGCCUUCUUUUUGUACAGAAAUAUACAGUAAAAAAAAAUAAUAAUAAAAUACGUCC